ACUAAAAAACAUUGAACUCAGGGAGAUAGAGAGUAGAAUGAUAGUUACCAGAGGCUAGAAGGAUAGUGGGGAAGGGAGAGAAAGACAAGAUGGUUAAUGGGUGCAAAAAUCCAGUUAGAUGAAAGGAACAAUAUAUACAGUGCUCAGUAGCACAAUUGAGUGACUAUAAACUAUUAAAUUAUGUGGAAUUGCCUCCAUUUGAUCAUAUUUUACAUGAAAAAAACAUCAAUUUUAUAUGGUCCAAUUUAAUACCUAGCUUAUGAAUUGUAUAAGGUAAGGUUACAUACCUGAGAAGCUGAUUAACAUUGGCUAUGCAAUCUUAUCCAUUAGAGAACAUGGUACUCAAGGUCUGAGAACUCCUGAAAGAAAGAAAAAGAAAGUAUAUCAAACUACAAAAUGGAAAAUGCAAAAUCAAAAUUAAUAAACAUUUAAUUAAACAUCAAUAUGUAUCAUGUUAACUUUAUUGUUAAUAUUAAUGAACAUUUCACAAAUUUAUAAAUAAAUUAUGUAACUUUUUCACACUUAGCAGAAAUUAUCAAGAAUGCAUUUGAUUAAUAGGAGAUAACACCAACUAAAUUGCCUACAUGCAAAUAAUUUCAAAAGCAACAUUUUAAAAACAAUUUUCAAGAUUGUUUUUAAAUAGCAAAGAAAAAGAUUACUGGAUGUGGAAUGCAUUUUAAUGUUAGGUAUGAUAUGGAGAUCAUGUUAAUAAACGGGCCCUGGCCCUUAAGAGUCUUAUAUUUGCCCUGGGAGCUCAAGAAAAGGGCUGGCCCCUGCCCUUCAAAACACUGUGUGAAUUAGAAGAUUUGUCAUCUGUGUAUAAAUACUGAACUCUGUUCUUGAACAAUCCACUAUUGAGAGUGUGAGUUUUUGAUGGAGAGCAUCUGGCUCAAGACUGUUAUUAGAUUAACACCUGAGAAUUCCUUCCACCCUUGGGAAGUACGAAUGUCAAACAAUAAAAGAGCUGAGCCUUGACCAGACCCUCUAGGGUUAGCUUAAUGAUUUAUCAGAGUCCUUUCUAGGGUAAUGAAUAGCAGGAAUAGUUCACACUUGAUGGAGAGUCCGCCAACAUCUUGCCACAGGUGGUAUAUCUGAGGAUAGAGCUUCUCCAGCAGGGAGCACCAUUGAGACACCAGAAACUGCUCAACAGUAAUCAAUACAGAGCAGAGUCUCCAGGCCUAAACUAAAGGAGAAUCUCUAGAAACUGGGAGAGAUGAGGACCUACCAGGCCUAGUAUGGGUCAGCAUGGACUGUUGUUUGGAGAAAGUGAUGUAGCUUAGUCCACCCAGAUGGAGUACAUUAUAGGUGGCCCCUACCCCACAUGCUGUCUGAGGGAGUGCACCACCAAAUUCAAGGAAAGGGGCAAGUGGAGACAACAUCCUUAUGCAGCCCAGGCCAGUAAGUUGAAUGAUUAUACUAAAUCACUAUCAAAAGAAGUUAGAGAAGUGGGAUGUGUAUUUAUGUUCACUAGAGCCUGAUGGAUACAGGAAGUUCGGAGUCUUGUUACAUUGUUACAUUUUUCCCUUUUUAUACUCAAAAUUCAGGUCACUUAUUCAUUCUACUGAUCACAGAGUAGAAAGUCAACAUACACCUAUUGUCUAAUGUUCAAAGUGUGAGACAGCAUUCUCUCCCUGGCUUUACACAAUUGUCUCUCCUGCAAGGCCUUUUGAUUGUGUAGUGGAACCCAACAAUAGCAUCUCCUAAAUUAGUCUCCCAAUAGUUACUUAUGGAAAAAGUCCAAAAUGGUAGAUGACAUGGUCUGGCUCUGUGUUGCCACCCAAACAUCAUCUCAAAUUGUAAUCCCCAUGUGUUGAGGGAGGGACCUGGUGGGAUGUGAUUGGAUCAUAGGGGCAGUUCCCCUAUGCUGUCCUUGUGAUAGAUGAGUCAAUUCUCAUGAGAGCUGAUCAAAGGCUAGCUCUGUAUUUUUCCUUAAUAAAACAAUUUUUACAUACACACACUUAAUUCACAGAACAGUCAAAUAUCUGUCUUGUGACAGAUAUUUGGCCCCUAGCCUUUGUUCUUCCACCUCUACUUCAUGUCCAUUACCUACCAUCAUGCUAAGAGCAGCAAAUGGCCCACUAAAAAAGGGAGAGAGAAAGAAUGAAAGAAAGAAAGAAAAGAGAGAGGGGGAGGGAAGGAAGGAGGGAAAGGAAGGAAAGAAGGAAGGAAGGAGAGAAAGAAUGAACAAAAGAAAGAAAAAAGAAUAAAAGGAGGAAAAUGAAAAAUAGAUCCACGUUUCAUGUGGGACUUUAAUUUUAUUCAUUAAAGAGCAAAUUAUCAUUAACAAAAUGGCAAAAGCAAUAAGCAACCCCAUGAGAGUGUGUGUCAGUUAAAUCUUGUCUUUGAGACCCAUUGAAGCAAAAAGAUUAUGACUUAGAUUCUGCUUCUGUGAAACAUAUGCAAGGACAAAAGAGGUGAGAAGUCCUGAGAAGAAAACAGCAGAACCCAACAGACCCACAGAGCUCAUGCAUCCUCCAAAACACAAAGAGAGGGUAUGAUACAAAACAUGGACAAAAUUACAAAAAACAAAAAGCAAGGUAAUAUAUUACCUAGAAGUUUUCUAUAAGUGUUAUUCUUUGUCUCUUUGCUCUCCAAGUUAAUUGGUUUGAUAAAAGCUCUUUCUGUGAAGUCUAGAUUAAAUUUUUCACUGUCCUAUUUUAGCAGAUUAUUUUUAGAGUAGUAAACAUUCACCUGGAAUUGGGUUUAAAUUGUAAAGACAAAUGCUCCCUUCUUUUCUUGAGUUUCAAUACCCAUUUUUAGAACAUUCUCAUUCCAUUAGAAUGUGGUGGGAACUCUCCUUUUAGCCAAAAGUAAGUUGAUUAAUAAGCUAUUUCUUUCAGAGCACUGAUAUUCUGAAAGAGUUAAGACCCCCUUUCAUUAAAAGUAGAAAGUACAGGAGUGAAAAAGUUCACUUUGUUUUUCAAACAAAAAGUGAAAGAGAAAUAACCCAAAUCAAGGAAGUGCCCACUUCCUCCUGCAUAGCCUCCUUAGGCAUGCGUGUUCUUAUUCUGCUUUUUCCUGCUACUUCCCAUUUGCUAGUUCAUAUCUAGCCAAACAGGGAGACUGAAUUUCCUUGAAUUUUUAUGAAUCUACUUGUGAGUUUGCUUUAAUUUCAUGAUCAAAGAGCAGCAUUGUAAUGACCAUCUCUUAGUGUUUGGCAACAUUUUAGCCAAAGGCUCUCUUAUAGUUUCCCAUAAAUGAUGGGUUUCAAGGAAGGUUGUACACAUGCAAAACUGGUGUAUAAAAUGUACAUCGCUUUCAUCAGAUUCUGAAAGGAACUCAUGAGCCCAAAAAAAAGUGUUUAAAAGUAGCUGACCUAAGAUCUUAGAGUGAGAAAAGGAAGUAUGAAAAUUAAUUCUCAUUGGAGCAGUUCCCAAUUCGUUGGGGAGCCAAACCUAAUACACACAAUACAAUUAGAGAAACAUAAAAGGCAAACACAUUAAGAGCUUGGUUUUGUAAUGUAGCCUCCAGGCUUCCAGAGAAAGUGGGGCAUCAGUGAGCUGGCAGCAGAGAAGCCUUCUUGGAAAAGGUGAGAUUCAACAUCACUCUGUUCUAUCUCAGGGGUCUUAGCCAGGCACAUUACUGUUGGGCACAUAGAGUAGAUGACUAUUUGUUUCUUCUCGAAAAUGUUAGACAUUUAGGUUAUAAAAAUUAAAAUGUAUCGGAGGAGUUUAUAACUAUGUCUAACCUUCUGUGCUAACAAUUAACCAUGCUUCUUUUAAAGCCUAAUACCUGUAAUCCAGCACUUUGGGAGGCCAAGGUGGGUAAAUCAUGAUUUCAAGACCAGCCUGGCCAAGAUGAUAAAACCCUGUCUCUACUAAAAAUACAAAAAUUAGGCAGGUGUGGUGGCACGUGCCUAUAGUCUCAGCUACUCGGGAGGCUGAGUCAAGAGAAUUGCUUGAACCCAGUGGGCAGAGGUUGCCGUGAGCUGAGAUGACACCACUACACUCCAGCCUGGGGGACAGAGCAAGACUCUCAAAAAAAAAAAAGCCUAAUAGAUAAAACACUGACAAUGCUUUUCAGUAAUAAUCAUCAAUAUUACUCAGAUUUUAUUAGUGCUCUCUCCUUUAUCUACUUGCAAGCUGACUUUUAAAAAAGUUGGUUUUCCCUAGCCACCCCAUGCUUCUAGACCUCACAGUCUCCAUCUAGCCACUGCCUUCAGUGAGUACUGAAGGGGCAGACUCAUUGAUUGCAUGAUUGCCUGAACAAAAAUUGUUUUUCAGAAUAAAAACUUAUGAAAAGAGAGUAUAUGCUCAAGUAUUUAAAGACUUAUAAUCACUUUUGCAUUGUCUAAGUUACUUCUCCCUUCUACUAGCAGGAAUAAUUGCAGUGCCCACACCCACACUGCGAAAACAUAGGUUUAUCAUUUUUAGAUGGUAUCACUAUGCUGUCUGUCAUCUUUGUUGCAUUUCCUGUUUCAUCUUCCUGCUCAGGAACUUACAUACUGAGGUUUGGCUUCACAGGAGAUAUACUCACAUAUGCGAUGUUUGACAUAUGUUUUUAAAGUAACAUGAUUAUGCUUUAAAAACUAAAUAUGAAAAUAUAGUUGUGGACUACAAGUUGUAGUUGGGAGCUUCAACUCAACUUUUUUUUUCUUAUGGCAAAAGCAAUAAGCAACCCCAUGAGAGUGGGGUUGAAAAUAAUACUUUUCUUACAUAUGUGUGUUUGAAAGACCACUAUAUUUAUUUCAAUAACAGCUAAAAAUUACCUUAAUCUGCAUUUGGAAAUAAGCCCAAAUUGAAAUGGAAUUCAGAUGAAUGAAUUGAAAUUCAAAAUUCUCCUAACCAGAGACUUACCCAACAAAUUACACCGUUAACUAAAUAAUUGCUGGAUUCCUGUUUAUCAUGUAAUUUGUGUCCAACUUACUGGCAUAGAGGGCAAAUCAUAGAAUGACAAAGAUUAAGCAAUUCUUAUGUAGCACAUAGGAAAAAUAUGUUGAUUAACUUAGUGCUAAACAGUGUCAGGGUGUCAGGAUUAUUUCUACCCAUAAGGCUGGCCUGGGGAUCUGUUCACUAUCUUGCUAGUAUGAGUCACCUGCUCCUUCUUUGAGGCAAAGGCUCUCAAACUUGCACGUACAUUGGAAUCACCUGGGGAGCUUUGAAAUACACCAGUGCCUGGGUUUCAGUCCCAGAGAUUUUCAUAUAAUAACCUGGGAUGAGGCCUGGGAGCUGAGACUAUGAAAACACCCCAGGUGAUUUUAAUGUGCAGCCAGGUUGCGAACCGUUGCUUUAGAGUGGUCCUCUUUACCCUAAGCUGUAUCUGCACUGUGAUGAUCUCUAUUCCAACAGACAGUAGAUUAGAGGCUUUCUAGUGAAGGUAAAGAAUGCCUUCAUUUCGAAGCAUUCUAGAAAAUGUGUUAUACCAGAAAAGAUGCCUGGCUCCUAUACAUCAGUCUUGCUUUGAUCUUCCUCCUCUAUUUAUUCAUUAAGCUUCUAUUAUGUGUAAGAUACUGUGCAAUUUCAGAAUCCUGACCAUCCACCCAGAUUCUGACCAUGCCUCAAACCCCUCUUUAUAAUAUGUAAAGUUUUCAGGACAGUAUCAGUUUCUACCUCUGGAAUUCAACCUCUGCCCUGGCUUUUUGCCUGUCAUAUGAAUCUGCAUUUCUGAUUACAUCUUAAUUUUGAAAAUAUUUUUAUUUUAAAGAAAAAAUAACAGAUAACAUCUUUUUUGAAAAGCUAUUUUGUAUGGAUGUAGGAGUAAUUAGUGUUUGAUCACCAUCAAGUAUAGAAAUUUGGUGACCUUACACUAAAUAAGCACUGUAAUACUUAAAACAAGAUCUAGAAAUUUGCAACCACCAAAAAAGGAAUCCUGCCUUUCCUUUGCCACAGAAAACAAAGAUGACCUACCACCCCUGAACUACUUUAGUAGGAGGCUAUAUAUCAGAAUGUGUUUAGAGAGGUACAUGGAUGAUUGGAAAGUCUGACUAAUUGAGAUCAAAUCCCUUGCCCUUAAUGUCUGAUGCUAACAAAUGUUAACCCCCAAAUUAGCACAUGAACCUAGAUUGAGCUGUACUUUUUUUUUUAUGGAAAUGAAUGACAUUCUAUGAAAAGCUUAUGAGUGUUUCCAUCAUUUAAAUGGUAAUAUGAAUUUAAAUACAAUUGGAGUUCUUCAUUAAAAUUAUCGUGAUACUUUUGUUCUUUUUAAUAAUGAUUAUGGUUAUGUUUUUACACAAGUGCUAUAUACCCAAGAUAGAAAACUUGAAAAACUCCAAAAAGUAUGAAAAAGGAAUUAUUUGUAAUAAUAUAUCCACUCAAUUCAAACGCUAUUAAUUUUGGUGUGAGUCCUUCAUAGAUAGAGAGAUGGAGAGACAGACAUGCAUGCACAUAUAUACACAUGUUUAUUCAAAAAUACAUAAGUUAUAAAAAACAGAUCAAUAAUGUCUAACAAAAUUUAAUAUCUAGGCACUUCUAAAAAUUUCAUAUCAAUUUUUCAGACUUGAGAGCUACACCUAUACCUGUUUCUGUAUUAUUGAAAAAUAAUAACAUGAUAAACCUGGCCAGCUAUACAAAUGCUCUAAGGGUUGGGAUAACAUGCAAAUAUAGCCUCACAUAUCAAUGUGUGAAAGCUAGAUAGACCACACAGCUCAGAAAAGGAAGUACACUCUGCAUAGCUAACUUGCACAUUCACUAUCCAAGCCACAACAUCUUCGAGGUCAUUGUGUGUCAGACGCAUCAACUCUUUUCAAUCAAAAUGGAUGGAAAAGCAGAUGUGAAGUCCCUCAUGGCGAAAUUUAACACAGCGGGCAACCCAACAGAGGAGGUCUCAGUCAAUAGCCGACCCUUCAGAGUCACAGGGCCAAACUCAUCUUCAGGAAUACAAGCAAGAAAGAACUUAUUCAACAACCAAGGAAAUGCCAGCCCUCCUGCAGGACCCAGCAACGUACCUAAGUUUGGGUCCCCAAAGCCACCUGUGGCAGUCAAACCUUCUUCUGAGGAAAAGCCUGACAAGGAACCUAAGCCCCCGUUUCUAAAGCCCACUGGAGCGGGCCCAAGAUUUGGAACACCAGCCAACUUGACCACCAGAGACCCCGAGGUGAAAGUGGGAUUUCUGAAACCUGUAGGCCCCAAGCCUAUCAACUUGCCCAAAGAAGAUUCCAAACCUGCAUUUUCCUGGCCUCCUGGGAACAAGCCAUUACUUCACAGUGUAAACCAAGACCAUGACCUAAAGCCACCAGGCCCGAAAACUGGGCCUACUCCUCCAACCCCGGACAGUGAGCAGAAGCAAGUGUUCCCCAAAUUGGCUGGGGUUAAAGGGAAAUUUAUGUCAGCAUCACCAGAUCUUGAACCCAAGCCUCUCUUCCCCAAACCUUCCUUUGGCCAGAAGCCACCUCUAAGCACCGACGACUCUCAUGAAGACGAAAACCCCGCAAAGAAUGUGUCUCCAUCAAAAGGGUCCCCAGCUCCCCUGGGAGUCAGGUCUAAAAGCGGCCCUUUAAAACCAACAAGGGAAGACGCAGAAAAUAAAGACCACGCAGGAGAGAUUUCAAGUUCGCCCUUCCCUGGAGUGGUUUUGAAACCUGCUGCGAGCAGAGGAGCCCCAGGCCUCUCCAGAAAUGGUGAAGAAAAAAAGGAAGAUAGGAAGAUAGAUGCUGCUAAGAACAUCUUCCUGAGCAAAAUCAAUCAGGAAGAGUCGGCCUCAGGGGCUCCUCCUGCCAGGUUCCCUAAGGCCCCUUCUAAGCUGACAGUGGGGGGGCCAUGGGGCCAAAGUCAGGAAAAGGAAAAGGGAGACAAGAAUUCGGCCACCCCAAAGCAGAAGCCAUUGCCUCCCUUGUUUACCUUGGGUCCACCUCCACCAAAACCCAACAGACCACCAAAUGUUGACCUGACGAAAUUCCACAAAACCUCUUCUGGAAACAGCACUAGCAGAAACCAGACGCCUUAUUCAACAACUUCCCCGCCACCACCUCCACCAGCCCAUCCGGCCAGCCAACCACCAUUGCCAGCAUCUCACCCAACACAACCACCAGCCCCAAGCCUACCUCCCAGAAACAUUAAACCUCCAUUUGACCUAAAAAGUCCUGUCAAUGAAGAUAAUCAAGAUGGUGUCAUGCACUCUGAUGGUGCUGGAAAUCUUGAUGAGGAACAAGAUAGUGAAGGAGAAACAUAUGAAGACAUAGAAGCAUCCAAAGAAAGAGAAAAGAAAAGAGAAAAGGAGGAAAAGAAGAGAUUAGAGCUGGAGAAAAAGGAACAGAAAGAGAAAGAAAAGAAAGAACAAGAAAUAAAGAAGAAAUUUAAACUAACAGGCCCUAUUCAAGUCAUCCAUCUUGCAAAAGCUUGUUGUGAUGUCAAAGGAGGAAAGAAUGAACUGAGCUUCAAGCAAGGAGAGCAAAUUGAAAUCAUACGCAUCACAGACAACCCAGAAGGAAAAUGGCUGGGCAGAACAGCAAGAGGUUCAUAUGGCUAUAUUAAAACAACUGCUGUAGAGAUUGACUAUGAUUCUUUGAAACUGAAAAAAAACUCUCUUGGUGCUCUUUCAAGACCUACUGAAGAUGACCAAGAAGUAUACGAUGAUGUUGCAGAGCAGGAUGAUGUUAGCAGCCACAGUCAGAGUGGAAGUGGAGGGAUAUUCCCUCCACCACCAGAUGAUGACAUUUAUGAUGGCAUUGAAGAGGAAGAUGCUGAUGAUGGCUCCAUGCUACAGAUUCAAGAGAAGAGUAACACGUGGUCCUGGGGGAUUUUGAAGAUGUUAAAGGGAAAAGAUGACAAAAAGAAAAGUAUACGAGAGAAACCUAAAGUCUCUGAGUCAGACAAUAAUGAAGGUUCAUCUUUCCCUGCUCCUCCUAAACAAUUGGACAUGGCAGACGAAGUUUACGAUGAUGUGGAUACCUCUGAUUUCCCUGUUCCAUCAGCAGAGAUGAGUCAAGGACCUAAUAUUGGAAAAGCUAAGACAGAAGAAAAGGACCUUAAGAAGCUAAAAAAGCUGGAAAAAGAAGAAAAAGACUUCAGGAAAAAAUUUAAAUAUGAUGGUGAAAUUAGAGUUCUAUAUUCAACUAAAGUUGCAUCUUCCAUAACUUCUAAAAAGUGGGGAACCAGAGAUCUACAGGUAAAGCCUGGUGACUCUCUAGAAGUUAUACAAAACACAGAUGAUACAAAAGUUCUCUGCAGAAAUGAAGAAGGGAAAUAUGGCUAUGUCCUUCGGAGUUAUCUCGUGGACAAUGAUGGAGAGAUCUAUGAUGAUAUUGCUGAUGGUUGUAUAUAUGACAAUGACUAGCACUCAACUUUGGUCAUUCUGCCGUGUUCAGUAGGUGCCAAUAUGAAGUCUGAAUUUUAAUUGGCAUGUUAUUGGGUAUCAAGAAAAUUGAUGCACAAAACCACUUAUUAUCAUUUGUUAUGAAAUCCCAAUUAUCUUUACAAAGUUCUAAAAUUUUAAGCACAGAAAAUGAUCUUUCUGCUUAAUUGCUAUCUCAGAAGACUACAUUAGUGAGAUGUAAGAAUUAUUAAAUAUCCCAUUUCUUCUUUGGCUACAAUUAUGAAGAAUUUGAAGAUACUUAUUUUAGAAGAUCAAUAAGUAAUCCCCCUUCAAAAAAUAAAAA